AUGAAGACCUCACUAGCAGCUCUUGCCUCCCUCGCCGCCCUCUUGACCUGCGUCCAGCAGAGUCCUGCACCUGUCAACGUCGUCAUCCCUGCUGUUUUGGGAGGCAUUGGUUCAGGCUUCGUUGGCAAGGCCUUCAAUGAAAUUGGCAACCGCGAUGUGAAGCCCAUCUACCGUCGUGAUGACGACCCAUUGGCUGGUCUUCCCCAGCCAGCCGCAGACCAGUGCAAGUCCCAGCUCCAGGGAGUCACUGUCACCUUCUCCCCUUUAGAUAACAAUGGCAUCCGUGUUGACGAUGUUCCCUCGGCCUGCAUGACACUUGCAAAUGUUUUCUUGGAUGACACUUCGGGCGAAACCGCUCCAAUUCCCAUGGGGAGCGCUAGCUUGGAAUACCACAAUCUCUCCGCGGACCAGUUGAAGCAGCUGCAAGGCGCCUUGGAUCAGAGGCAGGGUAACUAG